AUGAUCUCUACAGAGCUCACGCGGCUGCUAGGCAUCCGUGUACCCGUCGUGCAGGGUGGUAUGCAAUGGGUCGGUCUGCCACAAUUGGCAGGCGCCGUCAGCGAAGCCGGCGGUCUCGGCAUCCUCACUGCACUCACCCAGCCGAGUCCUGACGCGCUCCGACAAGCUAUCAGGGAUACAAGGAAGAUCACAAGCAAGCCCUUCGCGGUCAAUCUGACGUUCCUGCCGACGAUCUCACCACCGCCGUACAUGGACUACGCCAAAGUCGUCGUCGAAGAAGGCGUCAAGAUCGCGGAGACGGCAGGAGGACCUGACGCGAAGCCGAUCAUUCAGUAUUACAAGCAAAACAAUGUCUUUGUCAUCCACAAGUGCACUUCCAUCAGACAUGCACUGAGCGCACAGAAGCUCGGCGUCGACAUGCUGUCCGUCGAUGGAUUCGAAUGCGCUGGUCAUCCGGGUGAGGACGACAUCGGCGGUCUUGUACUGCUUGCCAGAGCCGCACAAGAGCUCAAAGUACCUUUCCUCGCCUCUGGCGGAUUCGCCAACGGACAGGGACUUGCCGGCGCGCUCGCCCUCGGCGCGUGUGGCAUCAACGCUGGCUCACUCUUCAUGGCCACCGAUGAAGCACCCAUUCACGAUAACAUCAAAAAGAUCAUUGUAGACUCCACCGAACGCGACACUAUUCACAUAUUCAGGACAUUCAACAACACUGCGCGAGUGUACAAGAAUAAGAUCGCCAAGGAGGUCGUAGCGAUCGAGCGGAGACCGGGAGGAGCCAAGUUUGAAGAUGUCAGGGAGCUCGUCAGCGGGCAGAGGGGCAAGACGGUCUAUACGACAGGCGACUCGGAUGCGGGCAUCUGGUCUGCCGGUACUGCCGUCGGCUUGAUCACCAAAGUGCAAUCCUGCAAGAGUCUGCUCGACGAGAUCGAGCGCGACGCCGAGGCGAUCAUCAAUAGGAUGUCGAGCAUGACCCAACGAUCCAAGUUGUAG